AUGGCUUAUUUCUCCUUGUUUCUCUCGCUUCUCUUUGGGCUUUCUUCUCUAGCGGCAGCCUUUCACAGGUUUGAGGAUUCGGGCGCCUCGGCCAUCGAUUCCGCCAGAAUGAUGCUCCGGAAAUACAAUCUCCCCGAAGAGCUCUUCCCAGUUUCUUUCGUCACAUACUUUUCUUUCGACAAGGAGGAUCGCGCCUUCCACAUGAGAUUCGAGACAUUGUGCUAUGUCAAGGUGAGCGACGAGUACCUGUGGUACGGCGAGGAGGUGAACGGGAGGGUCAUGUACGGACGGAUUGAAGACUUGACCGGCGUCCAGUCAAAGGUCCUCCUCGUGUGGCUGCCGGUCAGGCAGCUCCACGUGGACGACGCGAAGAGCGGCUACGUGUACUUGGACGUGGGCCCCAUCUACAUGAAGCUGUCCGCGUCAGCAUUCCAGUCUCAGCUCCCAUGUCAUAACGACGACGCGGGCGUGUUUUCACUCGUCUCGUGA